CAUGACGUAGAAUCGAAUGAAAAAUGAUAUUUUACGACAGUUUCAAAUCGUAUUGCAGCAUGCGCGAUUUCGUCCCACGGGACUUACAUUUCCCGCGAAAAAACAAAAUGGCGGCAUCUGAGCUAGAUGGAAUGUAUCUGGAGAAUUUGGACGAAUUUGUCCACGACGAAGGAAAAGUGGUCACUUAUAAGUCCCUGAGCCAUACGUUGAAUGUCCAUGUGAACCAAGCCAAACAAAUGUUGUUCAGCUUCGUGGAAAAAAGCAGGAAAGACAAGAAGCCUGUUCAUGUCACUUAUCUGGUAAAUGGAAGACAGAAGACUGAAGAUGGCAUGGUGUGCAAAGUCUGUGUAGCCAAGGAUGGCAAUCUUGAGGCUGUCAAGUCGUCCCUUGACACAGUUUCCAGUGUCCAUGUGUACAGUGUGCAGAAAGCUGACCUGAAGGACUCUAAUCCACUAUAUAUGUCAGACUAUGACAUCAACAAGAACAUACAACUGUCUGCCAGUUUGAGUGCUGUUAAGUGCCCACAAGCCAAGCCUCGAGAUUCCGAUGAAAUCAACCAGCUUGAAGAGGAGAAGAGGUUGCAAGUGCUGUCCAGCUCCCAAGCGUCCAGUAGCAAGCAGCCAGUAACAGGCAAAGUCCAACCUAAAAAGGAGAGUGAGCAGUUGAAGGCUUCCUCUUCUACCGGAAGUGUGCCUCAACCAAAGACAGGGAAAGCUAAGGGUCAGGCAACAAUGGCACAAAUGUUUACAAAGAAGGCUACAAAGGAGCCAGAGACAAGUGAAACAGUGAAAACAGAGAAUGGAGGAAAGGAAAACAAGGAUAGCAAGAAUGUACCUGCCAGUGGAAAACCCAAACCUAAAAUGGGAGGAAUGAUGGCAUUCAUCAAUAAGAACCCUACAGUUAAAUCUAGUGACUCAAACAAAGAAUUGAGUAAACCAUCUGAACAGAAAAACGGAAAACAAGACAAAAAGGUAAAGGAAGAAGAGAGCUCCAAGAAAGAAACAACCAAGAAAACCAACAAAGCAUCAGCAACAGUGAAAGAAAAAGAGGAUGCAAGGAAAAGUGGUGCCAAGUCAAAGAAAAUCAAAGACAUGUCAUCAUCAGAUGAAGAUGAAGAUCUGGCCCCUAAGAAGAAAAAAAGGAGAAGAAUACAGCAGCCAGAGUCUUCUAGUAGCAGUGAGGAAGAAAUGUCUGAAGAUGAGAUGGUGAUCCCACCAACCCCACCCCCAGAGCCUCGUGCCCUCUCCCCCUCCCCUCCCCCGUCCCCUGAACCCUCCCCACCCCCCUCCCCACAACCGGACACCAAGUCCAGCAACAAGACCACAAAGACCACCAACGGUGGUGGUGGUGGAAAGAGGAGGAAACACAAGAGAAUCCUCAAGUCAAAACAGUUUGUGAACGAAGAUGGCUUCAUGGUAACGGAGAAAGUUUGGGAGAGUGAGUCGACAGAUGCCUCAGAUGUAGAGGCAGAUACAGUCAAACCAGCUGCAGUACCUGCCAAAACCAGUAGUCAGACCAAGCAAGCUUCUCCGGAGAAAAAGAAAGCCUCACCGAAAUCCACCAAACAAGCUGGUAUCAUGAGCUUCUUCAAAAAGAAGGCUGCUUGAAGCUUGUCUUUGUCAUACGAUACAAUGAAAUUUAUGUCAAAACAGUCAUUAAAUGUUCUAUUUUGGGGAAUAUAGAUUAACAGUAUAGAAGAGAAAUAGAUUACUGAAAUCCAUUGUGAAAGUCAGGUCGGUUCUUUUGACACAAUGUGAUCAUGAAAUCUGUGAUUUCUAAAAAAAAGAUUGGAAGAUUUAGGGAUGGAUGCAGGGUUGUAGCCAGCCUGAAAUCAUUUUCAGUCCCCUUGAUUUUGAAUGGGAAUCCUAUCGAGCACCAAAGGCAUGGUGUGACGUUGUGCGUCAUUUCUAGGGGGUCUGGGUCCCAGAAAAUUUUUAAAUCAAGACCCUCUGAAACACUUUUUCCUGCAUAUUGAGGUGCAAAAUUUGCUCGUAGACUAAGCUGUUCAAUGGCAUCUGUUUUGGUGAAGAAGAACACAUGGGUUUCAGUUUUUUUAGUAUCUUUACAUAUCAAUUUGUCUGUCCCAGGGGACGGAAUGGGGAAAACUUUUUUCAGUCCCCAGCUGCAAAAUUCCUUCAAAGGACUGAAGGACAGGUGCUGGCUACAACCCUGGAUGGAUGAAUAUUGAGCUGAAAUUUCACCGCUCAGAUAAAUGUAUUAAGUGUUCUUUUUUCAUCACUAGAACAUCAUAUUCAAUGUUGUCUAUUUAUCUAUAAUUUCAGGGGGUUUUCUAACAAUUUGUACUAACAAGGGCUGGUUGUGAUUACAGAAAGAAAAGGUGUACAUAACGAAAAACAGAUUUGGUGAGGUAUAAGUCAGGUAGUAAAGUCAAACAAAGUUAUAUAAAUCAUUUAUCUAUACAUAGUUUUGUCAGAAAGCUAACAAUUAGUCAUAUUACUCAAGAGGCUGUAUUGAAUUCAAAGAAAAGACACUUGUUUUGGGACUGUAGUAAUGUUUUUGGUCCAUCAUUUCGUUCAAAUUACCUAGAUGGAAUCGUGCCAUGUUGUUUGUCCUUUUAUAAAGUACCAUCUACAUGUAACAAUUUAGAUUUAAUUAGUCUUUGGUAUAAUGAUUAUCUCUGCAUAUAUCUAUUGCUGUACAUUAGAAACAGAGCCUCCUAAUAUCCUGUGUUGAUUAAACCAUGAAGCACUCA